AUGAUUGGAAUGAGUGGUCUGCUAUUUUUGGCUGGAAUUUUAUUGGUGGUACAGUGUGUUAGGUAAAUUUCUGACUGAAUUUUUCUAGAUUGCAAAUUUUGAAACCACUUUUUUCAGGGAAGGAUUAAAUAUGGAUGAAUUCUACGAAUUUCAAUUAACAUUGAUGAAGAAAAAUUGGUCGUUGAGCAAUGAAACCUUAUAUUCGACGAAUGAAAUACCUCUGAUGACCACUGGAAAAUCCGAAUCGAGCACUGUGAAACCAUUUAACCAAUUUAAAGACAAUAUAAUGUUACCAUCAGUAUUCGUCCCGUUUUUCAUCGCAAUUGCUUGCCUGCUUUUUGCCAUUUUCUCAAUUUAUUACAUACUUUUUCCAAUAGCUAUUUUAUUUCCAAUAAAUAUUGGAUUAACAAUAUGGUCAAUUGUAAGAAUCAUCGAUAAUAUACAAAUGAUUGAAAUAAGUCUGGAAUAUUGCGAAAAUUGUGUUAGAGUGCUGAAACUAUUCGUAAAAGAAAUUAAAAAAGAACUUGAAAAUCAGACUGGUUUCCCAGGAACAAAAGCAGGUGUACUGGAAGCUAUUGAAUUAUUGAAAAAAAUGAUGGGAACAAUGAAUGAAUUUAUUGGGAUUUUGACAGACUUCAAAUCGCUUAAUAUUUUUCAUCAAGUCGUUUUGGGAGUCAAUAUUUUUUUGUCUGUUACUGCACUCGGAUAUAUCGCAUUUCUCAUUUUGUAAGUUUACAAUUUUUUUGCGCAAAUAUUUUUUCUCAUUUUUUUUAGCAUGCACAGACCUUGUGGUCGUAAGGAAAGUAGUAAUCGUAGCCGUGAAGUUGAGGAUUCGAAAACAUUUGUUUCGAAAUCGCUAAGAUCCCCAAGCGACACUGGUACAAAAUCAGCGUCGAUUUAUUAG